AUAUUGAAGACAAAAAUGUGUUUAAUUGGCCGUUAUACCUUUACGACAUUCCCGCGGAAACACGAGAGGGGCGAUGACGUACGGUGUUGCCAACUGCACGCACAGGUUUUUACACACGCGGUGCACCGUCGAUACUGUCGUCUACGAAGAUGCAGAAACAUAACCUGCAAUAUCACGUAUUCGAUCUUCGUAUUUCACAUUACGUCGGGGGAGUCCAAAGGCAAUUUGGAUUCAACGUUUCCAACGUCUCUCCGUCAUCAUGUCGUCGAAAAAGACGUUCAAGAUCAAGCAGAAGCUUGCCAAAAAGAUGAAACAGAAUCGUCCCAUUCCCCAGUGGAUCAGGAUGAGAACGGGCAACACCAUCAGAUAUAAUGCCAAGAGGCGUCAUUGGAGAAGAACCAAGCUCAAGUUGUAAGCUCUGAUACUACUCCUCCAUUUCCGUGUGUACUAUGACUUCAGAUGGACAAUUAUGUACAAUAUUUGAUUAUUCAAUAAAACUCCAAAAAUAACA